ACUUUUCUAUAUAUUUGCAUCACAAAAACAAUUAACGCCCAAUAAAGUGGGCAGGGAUCCUUCCAGUCCUCAGUUAUUGUUUCAUUGGCUUUCCUCGACCAUAGCCACAGUGUUCGACUAUACAGUGUGUCGGUGGCACAUAUUAUAAAUACUUACGUACCACGCUCCUGACGAGAUUGUUCGCCGAAACCGAGCCGAACGCAGCGACUUAACGGACGCACACUCGAAUCAAAUAGAUAUCGCUUAAAAAUAUAAACGAAAUGAACAACGCUGAAUUAUAUCACAGAUACAACAUUAUUACAAAAAGGGAUGCUUUGCAAUGUCUUGAAGAAUACGAAAAGCGAAUUAAAUGGAAAAAAGGUGAAAUUACGGUUAUAGACAUUGGUUCCGGAGAUGGAAGCGUAACGAUGAAUAUAUUAAAAAAAAUUAUCCCCAAUAAUUGUGAAAAACUGGUAGGUUGUGAUAUUAGCGAAGCCAUGGUACAGUACGCUAAUGAUCAUUACGCGAAUGAUCACACCAGUUUCAUGGUGCUGGACAUCGAGAGAGACUUGCCGAACGAGCUUCGAGGAAAUUUUGACCACGCAUUUUCAUUCUACGUCUUGAACUGGAUCCAACAUCAAGAAGUGGCGUUUAGAAAUAUACAUGAUUUACUGUCGGAGGGAGGCGAGUGCUUUUUAGUAUUCUUGGGUCACAUGCCGAUGUUUGACGUUUAUCGCACUCUAUCUCGCUCAACAAGAUGGAAGUUAUGGAUGAAAGAUGUUGAACGCUUUAUUUCACCCUAUCAUGACUGUCAGGAACCUGAAAAGAAGGUCAAACAAUUGAUGACGUCGAUCGGAUUUACUUCGGUGGAAGUCGAAUGUUUGCAGAAGACAUUUGUUUAUCCAAACCUGGAUGCCCUUAAAGGAACCGUAAAAGCAGUUAUUCCUUUUCAAAUACCAAAAGAUUUAGAUGAAGAUUUUCUGCUAGAUUACAUUAAGGUUCUUCAAGAUAUGCAUAUUAUAGAUAAUGCAAGCAGUAAUGUAGAUGGAUCAAUCAAAGCGACAUUCAACUACCGUCUUAUUGUAGCCAAGGGAAGAAAAUAGUCCAUUUGUUGCAUUUCUGGAAGAACAAACUUUAAUAAGACUUAUAAAAAUAUAACUUAACUAUACGUCAAA